AUGCACAGCCUCUUCCUUUUGGUAUUGACGUGUAGCAGCUUUUUCUGGGGGAAUGCCAACUCCUUGAUCGACAGGAACCGAGCGGAAGAUGCUAAUCUGAACCCAAUGUCUACUUCACACGCUAACGUCACGUCCAACUCGUCAGGGCUUUUGCCGUCCCAUAGUUUAGCUGUGGAUGUGACAACGUCGGUUGCCACCAGACCUUCGAAGCUGGGUGCUCCGGCAGUGGAAUGGUUCAACCGCGCAAUGCAAGACCAAGAGGAACGGUCUCCAAAUGGUGGAAUUUUUGGCGUGGUGAUCGACCUUUACCUCAAGAUUUUCGGUGGUCGCGGGCUGAGCCCCGCGAUAGUUGCUGAACAUCUCGCCAUCGAUGAGUCCAUCACUUCUUCGACGAUCAAGCGCUGGCUGGAAUUGACCUCCCAGGAUCAGGCUCCUGGUGAUGAAGUCAAGCUCGAAGAAGCUUACGGGGUGAUAACGAAGCGUGCAGGACACUACCAUGUAAUGGUCGCUCUUUCACAACUGCUCAAAACCGAGACCGUCACUGUUGACGCCAUCAAAAAUCAGAUCGCCUGGAUGUUCGAACGACUAGUUCCAGAUCUCACACACAUUUUGCGCGCGAUACCAAAAGUGUGGAGAAGGGGGGGAUUGAAACCCGAUGAAGUCGCGGAGAAGUUAGGGCUCAAACAGACUGGAUCGAUAAAGCUGCGAAAAUGUGCAGUUCAGUGGCUGGAUUACAUCCAUCUGUUGAGAGAGGAAAAAUUCAGGCGACAUCUUGCCAUUUCCGUUGAAGAUGCCUGGCAAAUUUUGUUUGGAGAGAUGGAGACAGGCAAGAUCAAAGAAUUUCUUGCCUUCGCCAAAAAAGAAGUGCCCAACCUGGAAGAGCUCAUCGCGGAACUGGAAGCAGAAACUCGGAAGCAAAAAGCUUAG